AUGCCGAUUAGCCAGAGAGCUGUAACGCAGAUCGCCGCGGUUCCGGUUAUCUUAGCCGUCGUGAUCUACUCGUUCUGGUCAUCAAUCAUCGGAACAGAAAAUCUAAACGAAUCGAAAAAGGUCCUCCAGUUGGCUAAGACAAUACCUCUCCCAGGCGAUGGACCAGAGAGCUUAGAGUUCGAUUCACAAGGUCAAGGCCCUUACGUCGGCGUCACCGACGGUCGCAUCCUCAAAUGGCGCGGCGAUGAACUUGGCUGGCUCGACUUCGCUCACAGUUCUCCUCACAGAGAGAACUGUUCGAGGCAUGAGGCGGUUCCUAGUUGUGGGAGACCAUUGGGACUUGUUUUCUAUAAGAAAACAGGAGAAUUGUAUUUCUGUGAUGGUUACUUUGGGGUCAUGAAGGUCGGACCAGAGGGAGGCUUGGCCGAGUUGGUUGUUGAUGAAGUCGAAGGUCGCAAAGUAAUGUUCGCUAACCAAAUGGAUAUCGACGAAGAAGAAGAUGUCUUCUACUUCGUUGAUAGCAGCGAUAAAUACCACUUCGGGGAUGUAUUCUACGUGUCUGUAUCCGGCGAGAGAGUGGGAAGAGUGAUUAGAUACGACAUGAAGACGAAGGAAGCCAAAGUUAUAAAGGACAAACUUUAUUUCCCCAACGGUUUAGCUCUAAGCAAAGACGGGUCGUUUGUAGUCGUCUGCGAAAGCGCUACAGGCAAAAUCCAUAGAAUAUGGGUGAAAGGUCCAAAAGCCGGGACCAGCGAUAUUUUCGCGAGUGUCCCUGGGGGACCCGACAAUAUCCGGCGUUCACAUACGGGUGACUUUUGGGUCGCAUUGCAUAGCAAGUUCACUCUUCUCACUCGUAUGUUUGCUAAAAGCUCCUUGGUGGGGAAGACUUGUAUGAAGCUGCUGAAGGUGAAGACUUUGAUUCAUCUCACGAGUGGAGGGAAGCCUCACGGAGUCAUCGUGAAAAUCUCUGGAGAGACUGGUGAGAUUCUUGAGGUGCUCGAGGACAGUGAAGGGGAAACGAUGAAGUACGUUAGUGAAGCUUAUGAGACCAAAGAUGGAAAGUUGUGGGCCGGGUCUGUGUUUUGGCCUGCCGUUUGGGUGCUUGAGACAUCGGUUUUUGAAGGCAAAUGA